AUUGAUAUACUUGGACAAUUGUUUAGAUCUGUAGAAAGCAGAACAAAACGUGGUGCUUUUAUUCAGGCUAUGGUUCCUGCAAAAGAGGGUAUUUUUAGAGUAGGUCGAAUCCUAUACUUCUUUUCUCAUGACUUGAUUAUUCCUGGUGAUAACUUGUUCGGCACUCCUCAAAAUAAACAGCAUUUAUUUGCAUUUGUUCAAUGGUAUCAAAAGUCUGACAAAGAAUUCGAUUCUUUCAAUAUACAUAAUAUCCAGGUUUGGAAAGAAGCUUUUGAACCAUCAAGUGCUUUAUCAAUACUACCAGUACAGCAAAUUCAUACUUGUGUGGCUGUUAUGAAAUAUAUUGAUAACACUAUUCUUGCAAUGCCUUUACCCAGAAGAACAAUUGGUUGA